AUGUAUAAUUCAGAUCACGAUCGGAGAAGAGCUCAGUGGGGUUUUUUUCUGCCUCUCGGUGGUUCUGAAAGCCCACUGGUUGCUGUCUGUGGUGCUGAAUCUGUAGACACACUCCUACAUUACACACAGCUGGGGAUGUGGGGACUGCACUGCGCAUGCGAAGAAGUCAUCCGACGCCACUUACUUAAACACACAUCAGGAGUAGAGCGCGUUUUCUUUUCUUUUUUUUUUUUUUAAAUCAACAACUCGAAAUGAAACAGCUCCUUGAAGGUUUUAUUUGCUCGAAGCAACAGGCUGCAGCAGCAUCCAUGUGGCGUCUGCGCUAAAGAAGAAGAAAAAGGAGAAAAGCAUCCCGUGGGUGACCACCACCACCACCACCACCACCACCUGUAACUGCGCCUCGGCUCCCGGACUUUCCCCCCCACACUCAUGCCGACGGCGAGGAUGAUGAUGAAGAAGCAGAACGUGCGGACGCUGUCGCUCAUCCUCUGCAUGUUCUCCUACCUGCUGGUGGGCGCCGCGGUGUUCGACGCGCUGGAGUCCGAGUCGGAGAGCUCGCGGAGGCGCGUGCUGGAGCAGAAGCGCAACGAGAUGAAGAAGAAGUACCGCUUCUCCGAGGACGACUACCGCGAAAUCGAGCGCGUGGUGCUGCAGGCUGAGCCGCACCGCGCCGGGAGGCAGUGGAAAUUCGCAGGCUCCUUCUACUUCGCCAUAACCGUCAUCACCACCAUCGGUUACGGCCACGCCGCUCCGGGAACGGAUGCAGGGAAGGUUUUCUGCAUGUUCUACGCCGUCCUUGGCAUUCCCCUCACUUUGGUCAUGUUCCAGAGCCUCGGAGAAAGGAUGAACACGUUCGUGCGCUACCUCCUGCACAAGCUCAAACAGUGUCUGGGCUUUCGGAACACCGAGGUGUCCAUGGAGAACAUGGUUCUGGUGGGCUUCCUGUCCUGCCUCGGCACGCUGUGCGUGGGCGCCGCGGCCUUCUCCCACUUCGAAGGAUGGAGCUUCUUCCACGCUUACUACUACUGCUUCAUUACGCUCACCACUAUUGGCUUUGGGGACUUUGUGGCCCUGCAGAAAAAGGAGGACCUGCAGAAAAAGACCCCCUACGUGGCUUUCAGCUUCAUGUACAUCCUGGUGGGGCUGACCGUCAUCGGGGCUUUCCUCAAUUUGGUGGUGCUCCGCUUCCUCACCAUGAACACGGAGGACGAGAGGCGAGAUGCUCAAGAGCGGGCUUCGCUGAAGAGGGACAGGGGCCUCCUGGAGGGGGCCCUGGGCCUGCGGGCCGUCGGGGAGCAGCACAGAGACAACCGCAGGGAGAGGAACAGGGCCAGCAUGGUGCACGGCCACAGCACGCUCUUCCUGCCCAUGCAAGAGGGCACCAGCCGCACCAACCUCAUCUCCUCGCCAGCAGACGACCCGGAGAGGGGGAGCCCCUGCAGGCACAGGCUGCACUUUCAGAUCAAGGAGGAAAGACAGAAGCAGGAGUCCAGCCUCAGCUCCCUCUGCUCCUCCUGUGUGUGUUACCACACACGGGAGGAGGCUUGUGACAGCCCUCUGGUGAGCCGGAGCCAACACCACGGCUGCCACAUCAAUUCCGUUUACUACAACUCGGUGUCUUAUAAGAUCCAGAGCUGCUCGCAGAGAUCCGGACUCUCUUCACCUGGGAGCACGCUCUCGCCUGGACACAGCUUUCUGAAGUUCUCUCGCCUAAGGAGAAAGUCAGUGUAAAGGGCAUUAUUCUCAUUCAUAUUUUUAUUAUUGUGCACAAAGAGCAUUUUCAGAAACACUGUAUAACCGCAGUUUGGAAAAAGUUGGGAUAUUUUGUAAAAUGGAAAUAACAACUUAAUGCAAUGAUUUGCAAAACUCAGAAACUCAGAUUUAAAUCAAAAUGGAGCACAGUAAACACAACAAAUGUUUAAAGUAUAAAACCGAGACCAGAGAGGAGUUUUAGGACUGUAACCAGUGGUGGACAAAGUUUCACUAACUGCUAAAUCGCUAGCAGAACUAGCUUCUAAUUCAUCAGAUUAGAGUGUUUUUGCUAAUUUUAUAAAGUGUUAUUGGACCGAUAGCUUCCGCUAAAUUAAAUUCUGCAAAAUUUAAAGUAGUCACAAGUGUAAAACUUCAAUUCAAAUAAAAACGAUCUCCUCUUACAAACCAUAUUGUGUGUAGCAUGUAGCAUCUUUAGCAGCUAAACUUCAAACUACGAGUGCCAAAAAGAAAAUAACAACAAU